CGCUCCGUGCUCGAGCCGUUCCUCCGUGCGCGCCCCCGCUCAGAGACAGGCUUCAGGGAGCCCGGAGAGCAGACGAGCGGCAGCGGGGAGAGAGAAAGAUGGAGGUGAGGGUCGGGGAGAGACUCCUGUGCCUGGCUGUGUUGUCCAGCGUCUUCUUCGUGGAUUCAGUCCUCGGGAAAUACGUCAAAGGCAUCGUCAACACCAAAGAGGACUGGGUUUUCCUCACACGCUUCUGCUUUCUCACCGACUUUGGACGUCUGGACUUCCGGUUCCGCUAUCCAAAGUCUCGCUGCUGUCAGAACAUAUUGCUCUACUUUGAUGACAGUUCUCAGUGGCCAGCUGUGUACAAGAGGCACGAAAAGAACUGCUACCAAAAGGAGGCGGUGCUGAGGCCCGAGAACAACCAGGUCAUCAACCUCACAACACGCUACACCUGGUCAGGCUGUGUGGUGGAAGGAGACGGGAAUGAGGAGGUUCUGAGCUGUGUGGGCGGCCGUAGUUUCCGCUCGGUGAGGGAGAGAUGGUGGUACAUCGCUCUCAGCAAGUGUGGGGGCGAUGGCUUGCAGCUGGAGUAUGAGAUGAAACUGACCAAUGGCCAGUCUUUCUGGACGCAGCAUUUCUCUGCAGAUGAGUUCGGAAUCUUGGAGACGGACAUCACGUUCCUGGUCAUCUUCUCCAUGGUGUUCCUCCUCUCCUGCUACUUUGCCUACAAUCUGAAGGGAAGACAGCUUCUUCACACAACCUACAAAAUGUUUAUGACAGCGGCAGGUGUGGAGGUGCUCAGCCUGUUGUUCCAUUGUGUCUAUUGGGGCCUGUAUGCUAGAGAUGGAGUUGGCAACGGCAGCCUGAAAAUACUUGGGAAAUUACUGUUCUCCGUCAGUUUCUUGGUGUUCCUUCUGAUGCUUAUAUUACUGGGCAAAGGUUUCACUGUCACCAGGGCGAGGAUCAGUCACAGUGGGUCGGUUAAGCUGAGCAUUUACAUGACAGUCUACACAAUCACCUACGUCAUCCUCUUCAUCUACGAGGCAGAGUUCUUUGACCCAGGUGAAGUGCUGUACGCCUACGACAGCCCCGCAGGCUACGGACUGAUGGGUCUGCAGCUGCUGGCCUACGUGUGGUUCUGCUACGCGGUGCUGGUCUCUCUGAAGCAUUACCCUGAGAAACAACCCUUCUAUGUCCCUUUCUUCACCACAUACACGCUAUGGUUUUUCGCAGUGCCUGUUAUGGCUCUGAUCGCCAACUUCGGGAUCCCUCGCUGGGCCAGGGAGAAGAUCGUCAACGGCAUCCAGCUCGGCAUCCACCUCUACGCUCACAUCGUCUUCCUCGUUAUCACACGACCCUCGGCAGCCAAUAAGAACUUCCCAUAUCACGUUCGGACGUCCCAGAUCGGGAUCCUGCUGUCCAGUCCGAAAGCAGGCGAGGGGGCGGAGAGUUUCCCCCAUCAUGCCUAUGGUAACGGCUCCUUCCUGGGAGACUCUCAACCCAACUUUACUGAACUCUUCUCCAUCCAAUCAGACCCCGUGAAGACAGUGGAGGAGACGGUGGCCCGUAAAGGACCCGAGGUGCCGAGGAACAGUGAGCAGAAGAUCAUAACCACCGCUGCCGACCUUACGGCGAUACUGCCCCCACCUCCGCCUCCAAUACCCCCACGCCCUGCUGCACGCUCGCCCCCGCUGCCACCCCGGCUCCCUUCCUUCACAGAGUACUUCAGCAUGCAGGGCGGAGGAGGAGGAGGGUUCGGAACGAAGGCGUGAGGCAGGACAGAAGGCAAGACAGAGGGAGAGGGGGGGUAUGGACAGAAUGACAAUACACAGUAAAAGAGUCAGAGUGGAAAUGGAGGUGUUACUGUUUUAAAAACAGCCAAAAAAAAGUUUGGACGGACAAAGAAGAGAAAUCAUCAGAAUCCCUAAACGGUCCCUUUUCACCUGUAAAUGGAAUGGAAGAGUGAGUGAGGGGGGGUGGAUGGCUGUGAGAUAGAAGUGCUGAGCUUGUUAAAGAAUAAAGAAGCAAUAAAUAUUUGAUGUUGACCAGUAAAAGGCACACAGGGAGAAAGAUGACAAAGUGGAUGUAGCCAGAGCAAUAGGAUGAUAGCUGUGCACGAUGCGGAAGUGAACAAAAUUCUUGAAAUAUUGCUAUUCAAAAAUUCAUGAGGCAUUGAUGGUGUGCCUGGAAGAGUUUGUAAAUAGCUAAAACUGGAGAGAGAGCUACCACUCUAUAUAGUUUUAUUUUAAAAAAAAAAGAAGAAAAAAAGGAAAUUUGUUUUCAUGUUUUUUUCCACAUCAUUAAAUUCCAGUUGGUGCUGUGACCAUCAGAAAAAAAAACUCAUGCCAUUACAUUUAUUCAAGUCAUGUUAGGAAUAAAGGACUUUUUUUUAUGUUUGACACAUUUUGAUAAAGCAUAAAUAUUCUAUGGAGUUUGUUGGGUUAAUUUAUAUUCUUAUAUGCCUUCAUUGCAGCUGGUUAUUCUGGAUUGAUAUGCUGAUGUGUAAAUGUAAAAUGUCACGUUUACUGUGGGCACUUCUAGGUACUCGUAAAAACACGCAUGUUUGUAUCGUAUUUCCCGUCCAAGAAGCUGAUAUAUGUAACUCCAUGUGACCAUACGAUAUUUGCUUAUUGUGUGUAUUGAAAUCUAUACUUUUGUAAAUACAUACAAUAGGCUUUAGUAUAUUUUUAACCGGAUAAAUUCUGUUGGACCCAAACCUUGGGCUGUCUGAAACACAACAUAAAAUCAGUAUUAUACUGUGUCGAUUUUAGUUGACUUUACACCAGAGUGCAGAAUAUGCCUGCUCAAAAAUGUCAUUUCUGUGUAUGUAGACGUUGGUGAAUGUACUGAUGCAAUACAGCACAAGGACCGGGGUGAUUUUCAAGUUACUGGAACACUACAGUACACCUUUUGUCGAAUUAUCUUUUCUCUCCGCGACACAUUCAUGAUUUAAAAGCCUGUGGGGAAGGUUGCCUUUUUUAAAAAAUACAAGUAACUUCAUCUUCACCCUUGUCUGGUACCUGAAACAUGGAUAUACAUUGGCUUUAUCUCACUAGAACCUUGCAAAAAGCGAAACAAAUAUUACUAGUUUUGUAUCCCCUAACAUUAAGCUACGACAAUUUAAAAAAAAAAAAAAAAA